GCGAGCGCAGCCUCUCCUUCUCCUUCUCCUCCCCCUCCCCUCCCACCGCAUGCGCAACCCGCGCCUCCCUUCCCGGUCCCUUCCUCCCUCCACCACCCGCCCGCAGGCGCGCGUCCCCUGUCGAUCGUCGCCCCUCGUCCCUGCCGGUGGAGUGAGUGCUGGAGAUCCAUCCGGAGGUGGAUUUCUCCUCGGGCCCAGGCAAGGAGGUUUUGGCACCAUACAAGAUCGUCAAAAUUGAGGAAAUGGGAGGUGUAAUGAGUGGUGACUCGCCAAGGCACAGCUCACCGGCAUCGAAGUUAGAGAAGAAGAUGGUUGAAGCCAUGAAGCAGAGAGCAUUAAAAGGAACCUCUAUGAAAUCAUUCAAUAGUGUCAUCAUGAAAUUUCCUAAAAUCGACGAGAAUUUGAGAAACUGCAGGACUAUCUUUCAGCAAUUUGAUGAAGAUUCCAAUGGUGAAAUAGAUCAACUGGAACUCAAGCAUUGUUUCCAAAAGUUAGGCAUCGAAUCAACCGAUGAGGAGAUAAAAGCUCUGUUUCAGGCAUGUGACAUUUAUGAACACAUGGGCAUGAAGUUCAAUGAGUUUAUCGUCUUCCUGUGUCUUGUUUAUCUUCUAAAUGAUCCUGCAGUGUCUGAAGCAAGAAAAAGAAUGGGAUUAGGUAACCUUGAACCAACAUUUGAGACAUUGGUCGAGUCAUUUGUCUUCUUGGACAAGAACAAAGAUGGGUAUGUCAGUAAAAGUGAGAUGAUACAAGCAAUAAAUGAGACCAUUGGAGGAGAGCGCUCUUCUGGGCGCAUAGGCGUGAAAAGAUUUGAGGAAAUGGAUUGGGACAAGAAUGGAACAGUGACCUUCAAGGAAUUCCUUUUCGCUUUUACUCGCUGGGUGGGGAUCGAUAAUGAAGACGACGACGAGGACGAUGAAGAAGCAGCAUGAGUGUGUCAACUGAAGAUUAUUAGGCGUUCUGAAUUGGCCAAGUCAGCCCCUCAGGAGGCCUCCAGCAGCUUCCUCCUGCCGCAGAUCAGAAGUAGUAGCUCAUGUUCUGUGUGACAACUGCCAAGCCGAUGAUAGAUGUUUAUGUUCGUAUAAAUAGAAUGAACACUAGUCGUGUUAAAGAAAAUUUGCUGAUAAAAAGUUACCCCGGUCAGAUGCUGUUCAGUUAGGUUACCUUGUCAUUAAAAAGUACGUAUUUGCACUGUGCUUGAAAAUGUAAAAUUGUGAAUUGCAGUAAAAUGCUCUUUACUUCGAAGUU